AUGUCUCAAGCUUAUAUGCUCUCCCUUCCCCCGGAACUCGUUUCAUAUACUUUCAACUUCAUCCCCAAAGUCGACUUUUACACCCUCCAGUCCUGUUCAUUGGUAUCUCGAACUUGGUGUUACCAAGCCCAACGAGUGCUCUUUCAACAGAUUACCAUCGCGAACUCGCAGGACAGCGGCAAAAAAUGGAUUGAAAGACUCAGAAUUUCCCCACAUCUCGCCAAGUUCAUCAUGCAUGUGACUUUGUCCAGCAAUUCAUCGACCCGUCACCGUGCAUGGGACACCGACCUUGGAGCGGAACUGGCUCGAACCCUGACCCACAUUCGCGGUGUCUCAAUAAAGUCCUUGCACCACGAAUGGCAAGAUGGACAUAACGUCUUUUUGGGUCAAUUGGCGGGGUUGCACACAUUCCAAAUCCGGGACGUCACCUUCCCAAAUCCGCUCAACUUAUUCGACUGUCUCUCCAAAUUAUCUGGGAAAUUGUCGAGCCUGUCCCUGCAACGUGUAGGAGCACAACCUUGGACCGCCUCUUAUGGAGCAAUCUGUACCGAUUCAGGCGUUGUUCUCUCGAACGGCGUAAACCCGUCUAACCGCCUGCGCCAUUUGGUACUCUCAAGUGCUGAGCUGCGUAUAGACGUGUUAUCGUGGCUAUUGGGUGCCUUCGAUCUGUCACUUCUUCAUUCCUUGGUCCUUGCGGCAGCAUUUUUCCAUGCCGACUAUCGCGAUAAUGCCAAUCCAACCACCGUUGCACUACUGGAGGAGUUAUUGAAAGUCAUGGGUCCAUCUCUGAAAAGCCUCACACUGGGUGUUCACCGUGAACGCCCUGGUGAUAAUCUGCAUAUCCCCAUUCUAACGUCCUCUCCUAUGCUCAAAUAUCUUGAAAGUCUAGAAAAGCUCGUCCUCGUAUCAGAGUGUGCGGGGGUGCUCCGACCCGUGGUUGGCCUGCCACUAGCUAAUAAGGUACUAUCCUUGCUAUCCCGCACAAGUCUCCGAGAGCUAGUCAUCGUCUUGGAUUUGAGUGUCCCCGAUACUUCUAACAUUGCCCAUCUCCAUUUAUUGCCGGAUUGGACCACCCUCGAUGAACAACUCAGCCUUCCACCCUCCAAUUCUUUGCAACGGCUCUUUAUUGUCGUCGACUUCAACACCAUGUUAGUGCGGUCGAAUCGCAGUUACAAAGAUAGUAUUGAGAAUGUCAUCCGGAAAGCUUUGCCAAAAUUAUUCGAGCGAGGUAUCCUAGAUAUUCAUGUAGAGGUAUGUAUGGGAUCUCUCAUUUAG